AUGCACCAGGCUCUUCUCAUCUCUGAAGUCCUGAACGUGGUUCUCCGUUGCGUCAAGAACAUAAUUGAGUACCGCGAUCUCGCGAUCCUCGCGCGCACUUGCAAGGCCUUCCAGGAGCCCGCGCUCGAUGUCCUCUGGGAGCAGGCGUGGCACCUCCCUCGCCUUCUUAAUGUUAUACCGGAGAGGGUGUUGAUUGACGUCAAACCCCUAACAUCGGCCGAAUGGUCAUACCUGUACGCAUACACCCGCCGUAUGCGCGAGAUCAUCCUCUCCGAAUGGGACCCCACCCCAUCCUUCAUCCUCGACCUGCUCUAUGAUCCACCGCCGCAUCUCGGGGCGCACGCCUUUCCGCGACUCAGACGGCUCCGCAUCGACGGUUAUCGCACCGGAAAACACCGUAUCCCGGACUACCGCUUCCUGCUUGUGCCCACCCUCGAGACCGUCGAGAUGCGAUCGCUCCGACCCGGCGAGUCGAAGAGCGGCUCGCAGACGAAGAAAGUGAUCAUGAGCCUGCCGGAGGCGUGUCCUGCACUCAAAAACCUAACGAUUACGUGGGGAGAUCAGACGGCCGACGUGCCGGUGGGCAUGCUGUUGGCCGUCGAGGAGGCUGUGGGGAGGCUGGAUCAACUGGAGGUGCUGCAGUGUCCGGCUCCGACUGGAGUGGAGGGGAUGGUGGCACUCGGAAAGCUGGCGAGGUUGGAGGUUUUGAUGCUGGAUUCGCCGCCGCCGAUUUCGGGCAACUUGAUUGCUGGGAAGCCAGUCAAAUACGAAUUUGCGGAGCUUCAUUCCUUGGAUUUUGAGACGAGGAAUAUGGAGGAUGUGAAUGCUUUUCUUUCGCAGCUCGGACGUCUCCCGGAUGGACUUAAGGUUCAGUAUCACACCGCGCCAUCUCUCUCUGAGCUCGAGUCUUUCUUCGCGCAUCUAACCACGCUCAACAACCCCGAUGUCUCUGGUAUCACCCUCGAUAAGGCACGUAUCGGCUCUGCGGCGGACGACUUCCUGCACCUUGCACCCCUGCUCAACCACGACGAUCCCGCCAGUCCACCGCUGACGCUCGCCACACUCAAACCGCUCAUGUCAUUCACAUCCCUCUGUACAUUGGACAUCACAGUGCCCCUCCGAGUCAUUCUGACGGAUGAUGACAUCGAGGAGCUCUCAUGUGCAUGGCCACACCUCCGACACUUCAGCAUAAACGAGCACCGAGGAUGGGGCUCGGGCGCGCUUCUAACGACGAUCGAGUCUCUUUACUCGCUCGUGUGGAACUGCCCCGACCUGGAACACAUCGCGAUGCCCAUCGACGCGUCGGCGCUCAUCGAGGUUCCUGAUGAAGUGCCAGCAGGCGGGGCGCGGAACGACCGCGCGUUUCAAGUGCAUAUGGGCGCAUCGCGCGUCGGGGACCCGGUUGUGCUCGUUAUCGUACUCGCACAGAUCUUCGAGGGCAGGCGGCUGCGCGUCGGGCAUAGACACGCGGAGGUGGCAUUCGACCCAGCUGCGACGUGGCACGAUGGGAGCGGCGAGAAGGGGCUGGCGAGGAAUUAUCAGAUGGCGAUGAACAGGUGCAUGCGGGAGCUGCGCGAGAUUGAGAAGGAGGAUCCGGAGGUGUUUGGGGACGAGGAUGUGUGGCCGCCUCAUGAGGAUCUGGUGGAAGAGAUGAGGGAGGUGUUUGCGGGGACUGUUAGGGAGUUUGCUCACAUAGGGCCAUGGUAA